AUGAACACCACCGAGGGAAAGCCGGGCGCCGCUGCGGUGGAGGAGAUGGCGCGGGAGGCGGCGGCGUGGUGCGCUAUGCACGGGCUCGUCGUCGGGGACCGCGCGGACCCGAGAUCAGGAACAGUUCCUGGGGUUGGGUUGGUCCACGCUCCAAUCUCCCUGCUCCCGUCGCGUCUCCCGGAGUCCUUCUGGAGCCAGGCGUGCGAGCUGGCCCCGCUUUUCAACGAGCUCGUGGAUCGUGUUAGCUUGGAUGGGGAUUUCUUGCAGGAUUCCUUGUCCAAAACAAGGCAGGUUGAUGAUUUCACUUCUAGGCUCUUAGAUAUUCACAGGAAGAUGAUGGAUGCAAACAAGGAGGAGAAUAUUCGACUGGGGCUGCACCGAUCAGAUUAUAUGCUGGAUUCAGAAACCAAUUCUCUUCUCCAAAUAGAGCUCAACACUAUUUCAGUAUCUUUUCCUGGGCUUUGUUCUAUAGUGACUGAGCUUCACAGGACCUUGAUCAAUCAGUAUGGAAAUUUAUUAUGUCUAGAUGCCAAAAGGGUUCCUGGAAAUGAUGCAAGCCGUCAAUUUGCUAAAGCAUUGGCCAAAGCAUGGGAUGAGUUUAAUGUUGACAGUGCUGUAGUUAUGAUGAUUGUUCAGCCCGAAGAAAGAAAUAUGUAUGACCAAUACUGGAUUGUCAAAUAUUUGAGGGAAUCACAUGGCGUAACAACUAUUAGGAAAACCUUGUCAGAGGUGGAGGCUGAAGGCCAGGUUCUCCCUGAUGGAACUCUUGUUGUAAAUGACAGGAAGGUCGCUGUGGUGUAUUUUAGAGCUGGCUAUACACCAAACGAUUAUCCUUCAGAAGCAGAAUGGAGUGCAAGGCUUUUGAUGGAACAAUCAUCUGCUGUGAAGUGUCCUUCAAUAUCAUAUCAUUUAGUCGGGACCAAGAAGAUUCAACAAGAACUAGCAAAACCUAACGUGCUUGAAAGGUUUCUUGAAAAUAAGGAGGAAAUCGCCAAGCUCCGUCAAUGCUUUGCAGGGCUAUGGAGCUUGGAUGAUGAAGAGGUUGUCAAAUCUGCGAUUGAAAACCCUGACUUGUUUGUCUUGAAGCCUCAACGUGAAGGCGGAGGGAACAACAUAUACGGUCUUGAUGUGCGAGAGGCUCUGAUCAGACUCAAGAAGGAAGGAGGAGAUGCUCUCUCAGCCUACAUACUGAUGCAAAGAAUCUUUCCCAAAGCAUCUCUCGCUAGUCUGGUCCGUGGUGGUGUUUGCCAUGAGGCCCUCACAGUAUCUGAGCUUGGGAUGUAUGGAGCCUACCUGCGGAACAAAGAUAAGGUGAUCAUCAAUGACAAGUGUGGUUACUUGAUGCGAACAAAAGUUUCUUCUUCGGAUGAAGGCGGUGUUGCUGCGGGAUUUGCUGUUUUGGACAGCUUAUACCUGACCGACAAGAUCACCUCAGGAAUAGCAGCUACAAAUCCGAACCAGCAUUGA